AUGAGAAGUUUGUUGUCCGUGACGCUGCUGCUGCUGCUGCUGACGCUCAGCCAGGCCAACAGGAAAGCCAAAAGCCACAAAGCUAAACAUGAGAAGUCCCGUCCGGCCUCAGAGUGCUCCUCUUCAGAAACUCACUACGGGAAAUGUGUCCCCGAGCACGGAGACUGUGGAGACGGACUGAGAGACGCCACCUGUAAGGGCCACACGGACCAGAUCCACUGCAAGAUCCCCUGUAACUGGAAGAAGGACAUCAGUGACUGUAAGUAUAAGUUCGGCCCGUGGGGAUCCUGCGACGCCGACACAAACACCAAGAGCCGCUCAGGAACCCUGAAGAGGGCGCUGUUCAACGCCGACUGUCAGACCAGCGUCAAGGUGUCCAAACCCUGCAGCCCCAAAGCCAAGAAGACCACGGGAGGGAAGAAGUCAAACUGAAGGACAGAAGAAGAAGAAGAACUCGUCUUCUUCAGAAACAACUCAAAAUAAAACGAGACUCCUCAACAACCAACCUUUGACUGUUUAUUCUCUUUUGAUGUUUUUGUGUUUAUUUGGAUUAAAGAAUUCUCCACUAGAAUAUAAUAAUAAUAAUAAUAAUAAUAAUAAUAAUAAUAAUAAUAUUUCUG